CACAAACCAGACUGCACGCGCACUACAAACAUGGCUGAUAAACACUAACCCUCACGUUUGAGAAAUUACACAAAAACCUUUCCGCACAAGAGAGGUUGGGAAUAAGGUGGACCAUGAAGAAACCUGUACCACAGAAAGCUAUUGAGUGGAAAGAAGGCAGGAGGAUCAAGCAUCCUCGCAGUGGUCGCCCAUCUCGAGUGCCAUCACAGUACCAAGGACAUUUCAGCUGGGAAAAGUACCUGAAAGAGACUGGAGCAAUCGCUGCCCCUGCCCACUGCUUUAGACAGAGCACUACCCCUCCUGUAAACGAGUUUAAGCCAGGAAUGAAGCUGGAAGCUCAGGAUCCUAGAAACACUACAUCCACCUGCAUCGCCACUGUGGUGGGCUUGACAGGCUCUCGUCUCCGUCUGCGAUUGGAUGGCAGCGACAACAAGAAUGACUUCUGGCGCCUUGUGGACUCUUUAGAGAUCCAACCCAUUGGGAAUUGUGAGAAGAACGGAGGCAUGUUGCAACCACCGCUGGGAUUUCGUCUGAAUGCCUCGUCAUGGCCCAUGUUCUUACUUAAAACACUCAAUGGAGCGGAAAUUGCCCCAGCCCGAAUCUUUCACAAGGAGGAGCCACCGGCCCCAGAGCAGAACUUUUUUGAGGUGGGGAUGAAGCUGGAGGCAGUGGAUAGGAAGAACCCUCAUUUCAUCUGUCCUGCCACAGUGGGUGCGCUGCGGGGCGGGGAGGUGCUGGUCACCUUCGACGGCUGGCGGGGCGCCUUCGAUUACUACUGCCGAUACGACUCAAGAGAUAUCUUCCCUGUGGGCUGGUGCACGCUUACAGGAGACAACCUUCAGCCACCCGGCACAAAAGUCGGGUUACCCAAGGUAUUGGGUGCACCUGGUGCCCUGCCGGAUGGUAGUAUAGAGCUGAUGGCCAUCCCACUUAUACCAGACAGACUGCUACCCCAGAAGCGUAAGCCCGGUCGCAAGAAAACCAAAGUAUCUGGGCCCUGGGGUCAAAAAGGAGCGAUGGGAAAAGAUCCAGAAACGAUAAAAAUCCCCAAGAAACGAGGCCCUAAACCAGGAAGCAAGCUGGGCUGGGCCAAGAGAGCAGCGUGGCUAGAAGGUGCAAUAGCAGGUCCAGGUAGACCUAGAGGCAGACUACCAUCCAACUGGACCCCGACGUUAUUGGAAAACGAUAUGGAGCCAAUCAAGAUACCAAAAAAGAGAGGCCCCAAACCAGGCAGCAAGAGAAAAUCCCGGUUGAUGCCCAACCCUAUUCCCACCUCUCCAAGCAGUAGCACUCCAGAGCCAGACACCAGCUCAGUUCCACUGGACAAUGCCACCAUUCCUAGUGCUGCCCUACAGGCACCGACAGUGUGUCUAUACCUGAAUAAGUAUGGCAACGUGGGUCCACACCUGGACGCACGACGAAUCCAGUCCCUGCCGGAUCACUUCGGCCCCGGCCGAGCAUCCUCGGUACUGCAGCAAUGUGUUCAGGCCUGUGUUGACUGUGCACAUAACCAGAGCACAGUCUUCUGCUGUCUCAAACCAGGCCAUGGAGGAGAGCUCGUAUCAGCUUACUUUGAGCAACAGCAUCACACUCUGACACUGCCGGCGGUGAACAGCGUGAUGUACGUGCUACGCUUCCUGGAGAAACUCUGUCACAACCUGCACUGUGACCCAUUGUUUAGUAGCCAGCCCGUCCUUCUGGGAGGAGUUCACUACGACAGCAGAACUUAUACAGAAAGGAGAAACUUUUCAGAAAGUCUGAGUUCUGGACCUGGUCAAGGUACUAAGAGGUUCCUCCAACAUGACGCAUACGGCAACAAUCCUGUACCGCACAAAAUAGCUAAAAACCACCGUUUAUCCUCAGAAGAGCCUUUUCUGAUGGAGAAUGGGAUCGGCAGCUCAGAGGUCUCGGAGAAAACACAUUUGCCUCCUGGACACAUGCGUCCACUUUCUCAGAGCCUUAGCUCACCGGGGCAGCUACAUCGUCUGGGAUCAACAGGUUCAGAGCGUUUCCUGAGCUCAAGAGAAAGCCCACGACCCAGCGGACAGGACCCUGACCUGUGGACCGUGGAGGACGUCAUGCAAUUCAUCAGAGACAUCGACCCUCAGCUCGGACCACACGCAGACCUCUUCCGCAAACAUGAAAUUGAUGGCAAAGCUCUACUUCUGCUCCGCAGUGAUGUCAUGAUGAAAUAUAUGGGGCUAAAGUUGGGUCCCGCUCUCAAACUCACUUUCCAUAUUGACAGACUGAAACAGGGCCGUUGAGUUUCUCUCUGACCCUCGAACUCUACCCCUGCCAAGCACAUUUUAAGAUGCAUGCUGGGAUUUUUACAUCCCUCAGCAGUACUGUAGCACACGUCGGCAAGCUUUCAAGUGCCGGCCCUAUUCAUUUGAUACACCUCCUUGUUUUUCUUUUUGUUGCGCCGUUGAUUAAUUAUUACUGCACUGUUGUGCCCAGUUUUAUGACCUUUAUCAUUCUGUCCGCACAUUAUACCAACGGUUCUUUUAGUAUUGUUCCAGAACAUAUCACAUGUUCGUGGCCUUGCCAAGGACUUGACUCGAUUGAAGUGGAUUGUAUAUAGGCCGUUUUUUGGCCUCGAUUUUUAUGACGUACAAUUAUUUGUAUUGUAUAUUUUUUAAGCCUGUUCAAUGAGGGCAUUUUUAUGGCAUUUUUCAAUAAAACGGUUUUUCUUCGAUUAAUUCCAGACAAACACUAGGUCCGACCGGAAACCAAAACCGGAAUGGAAUUACACCUCACCAAGAGACUGUUACUCUCAUCAUCCGACAUACUUUAUACACAUAAUGCAAUUACAGUGCCAUCGCACUAGACUUUGUGCAUUUAAAAUGACAUUAUAAUUAAAGUGGGAUGCAAUAAUUAGGGCUUCUGUUUUAAAAAAAUUAUAUUUAACUAAUAGUUAUAUUUUAAAAUAUAUUUUGCAAAUCAUGCAGCUUUUCAGUAUUAUUUGAAGCCAAGAAUUAAACGUUUACAUCCUCGGUUUUUGUCAUACAGAUUCGGCCAGACUUUGGUACGAGAUAAAAAGGAAACUUUUUUGCUUGCCUCUCACAUGCUUGAUGAACAUAUGAAAGUGAGAGAAACGCAAAGUCUAGUGUGAAAGUACAUUUGCUCCUGUUAUACACUCUGCCUGCAUUUUAUAUCAUGUUGAUGUUUACAUUGUCUGUCUUCAUUGUUAUUUGUACUUUUGAAGUCAUUAUAUGGUAGAGUUCAUACAUUGAGGCCGUUAUACUCGGUAAGCUUCAAAUAAAAAUAUAAAGUUUUCUGGA